AUGACAGACCACAUCAAAAACGCCAAGAAAGACGCCAAAGAGGCCGUGAACCAAACGGAAGUCGACGCCUCCCACAUCCCAGAUGCCGCCAAGAAAGCCGCCCAGGAGCUACGGGCCGAGGCCCAGGAUCUCAGAGAAGAAGCCGAAAGGGAGUUCGACGAGCUCAAGGACGACGGCACUAUCGACAAGUACAGGAACAACGUGACCGAGUUUUUGCGCGCUGCUUCUGACCGCGUAUCCGCCGUUAGCGCCUGCUGGGCAUCCAAGGCCAAACAGGCUUCCUACUCCCUGCUCACCGAAUUGCAGAAUCCUGUGGUGAUUGCCAAUGUCGCUUUGGGAGCUGGUCUUGUGUCUUCGCUUUUGAGAGGAUACGCCAAGUACCACACGAGGUACCUCAAGGGCAAGUCCGAUGCCGUCAUCAUCUCUACUGUCGGCGGUGCCACCGCAUUUUUGGCUUUAGACGUGUUCUUGUCGUCCAAGUACUACUCUAAGUUCGAUAAGAAGAAGUUAUGA